AUGCCAUCCGUGGCUGUGAUUCCCGCCGGCGCCCGCGCCCCCAUCGCCAAGGACCAGCAGCCGGGCCCCCACGAAAAUGAUGAGCCUCCACUCAGCAAGGCGGGACAGGAUGUGGUUGUGCAUCUGCCCACGGAUGGAGUGACUCUGGAUGGCCGAGAGAGCACGGAUGACCACGCCAUCAUCCAGUAUGAGUGGACGCUGCUGCAGGGCGACCCCUCGGUGGACAUGAAGGUGCCGCACUCGGGGACGCUGAAGCUGUCCAACUUACAAGAGGGCGGAUACACCUUGCAGCUGACCGUGACCGACACCGCGGGCCAGAGAAGCUCCGACAACGUCUCGGUGACUGUGCUGCCCACGGCUUCCUUCACGGAAGGAUGCCUGAAGGUCUGCUCUCGCUACCACUUCUUCUGUGACGACGGCUGUUGCAUUGACAUCACUCUGGCCUGCGAUGGAGUGGAGCAGUGUCCUGAUGGGUCUGAUGAGGCCUUCUGUCAAAACCUAAACCUUGGCCGCAAGAUGGUGACUCACGUGGCAGCUGAUCCUACCCAGACAAGAACCACAGGACUGAGUGAAGGAGCAAGGGGCCUCUCCUUGUUGGAAAUGAACCAGAAAGCCACAGCCCCAAAUCAGCCACUGGCAGUAUCAAACACAGAGAAGAAGAAUGAUUCCAUAUCUCGGGGGCCAGAGGGUGAAGUCAGGCCUGUUCUGCCAGAUGGUCAUCUCCCCGGGAAGAAGAGAAAAGAGAAUUAUAUCUUUGCGUCAAAGAUCGAUCAGGGAAGGAGGGAACACCCAGCUCCCGAAGCAGGUGCAGUGCUGCCCCUAGCCCUGGGCCUGGCCAUCACGGCUUUGCUGCUGCUCAUGGUGGCCUGCCGGCUACGGCUGGUGAAGCAGAAGCUGAAGAAAGCUCGCCCCAUAACAUCUGAGGAAUCCGACUACCUCAUCAACGGGAUGUAUCUCUAAGAAACCCGAUUGCAAUAGCUUGGGGAUUUGAGGGCCAGUGGUGCCCCCCUUCGCGCCCUGCCGGCUGGUACAGGCCAGACACCACGCAAGAGGAACUCCUCAUCGGGUGCCUGUCACGAGGAGCCCAUUCCGGUUGUUUUUCUCGUUUUCCUUAGGAAAUGCAAGCUUCUAACAUCACUCGAACACCAGAAUCGACAACAUUUUCUUUUCAGAUUU